AUGGAAGGGCCGCUGGAGGUUGGGGAUGAGUCCCCGGACUCCCAGGGUCACGCCACUGACUGGAGGUUUGCAGUGUGCAGCUUGCGGGAUGUCUGGGAUGAAGGGGAACCUGUUCCCCCCAUGCAGGUUAAGGACCCCGAUCCUCUGAGACCAACAGCAGGGACAGCUGAGGGAGAAGGGCUACAGGGCAGCCCCCUGCCUGGGGAGCCUCAGUCACCCCCAGGACAGAUGGCUGUAGAUGGGUCGGGGGAUGGCCAGGGUUCCACAUUAGGGGGUUCCUCACUCCAGUUAGAGGGACCAAAGCCCUCUGGAGUGGAGAGCCUCCUGUGCCCAAUGUCCUCCCACCUCAGCCUCGCACAGGGUGAGAGUGCUAGCCAAGGGGGAGGCUUGGCAAGGGACCAAGUUCCAAGCAGAUUAAUGCCAGCCUGCCUGGGUCCUGAGGGCUUAGACAGUGAUCCUGUGGACCCUGGAGGCCCAUUAUCUCAGAUGUCAUCAGAGCUACUGGAGGCAGACCUCAGUGGAUCUAGCCUCCCUAAGCCUGCUGAUUAUCUCCUGGCUCAAGACCUGGCCUGGGAGCUGCUGGCCAGUGGCAUGGCUACUCUGCCAGGGACUCGGGAUGUAGAAGGCCGGGCAGUGCUGCUUCUCUGUGCCCAUAGCCCUGCCUGGCUUCACCCCAAGUGCAGUAACCAUGAACUCAUCCGUCUCCUGCUCUACCUGCGCAGCAUCCCCAGGCCCGAAGUACAGGCCCUGGGUCUGACCGUGCUGGUGGACGCCCAAGUUUGUUCCCCAAGCUCUUCUCUCUUCUGGGGGCUCAGCCAGCUGCAGGAGGCAGCCCCAGGGUCAGUGUACCAGGUGCUGCUACUGGGAAAGAUGCCAGAGGAUGUGCCUUCCAGGCUGCAGCUGCAGCAGCUGCCCUCUUAUCAGAGCCUCCUGAACCACGUCUCCACCUCUGGGUUGCCAGCUUCAAUGGGAGGAGGCCUGCCUUACUGCCACCAGGCCUGGCUGGACUUCCGGAUGCGUCUGGAAGCCCUACUGCGGAGCUGCCAGGUGGUUUGUGCCCUGCUCCAGGGGGCCAUCGAGAGCAUGAAGGCUGUGCCCCGGCCCAUGGAGCCUGGGGAAGUUGGUCGGCUGUUACGGCAGGCACGGGUCCUGAUGCAGCACGUGCUAGACUCACCACGGCUAGCGUGGCUACAAGGCCAGGGGAGUUUGGAGCUGGCAUGGCUGAAGCAAGAAGUCCCAGAGGUGACCCUGAGCCCAGACUACAGGCCAGCAGUGGAUGAGGUUGAUGAACUCUAUGGCCGCGUAGAUGGACUGCUGCACCAACUGACCCUCCAGAGUAACCGGCGAGUACAGGCACUAGAGUUGGUCCAGACUCUGGAGGCUCAGCAGGGUGGACUGCACCAGAUUGAAGUGUGGCUGCAGCAGGUGGGCUGGCCAGCACUUGAGGAGCUAAGGGAGCCCUCCCUGGACAUGCUGCUCCAGGCCCAAGGUCCUUUUCAGGACUUGGACCAGGUUGCCCAGGAGCAGGUCAGGCGAGGGGAGAAGUUUCUACAGCCACUGGCUGGCUGGGAGGCUGCUGAGCUGGGCCCUGUUGGGGCCCGCUUUCUCGCCCUGCAAGCCCAGCUGACUGACUUCUCCAGAGCUUUGGCCCGGCAGCGGCAGCGGCUGGCAGAUGCUGAGAAGCUCUCCCAUUUUUUCAAGCAGGCCUCGACCUGGGCUGAGGCAGGGCAGCAGGUGUUGGCAGAGCUGGAGCAGGAGCACCCUGGGGUCGUGCUGCAACGGCUGCAGUUGCAUUGGACCAAGCACCCUGACUUGCCUCCUGCCCACUUCCGAAAAAUGUGGGCUCUGGCCACAGGGUUGGGCUCUGAGAGCAUCCGCCAGGAGUGCCGCUGGGCCUGGGCUCGAUGCCAGGACACCUGGCUGGCCCUGGACCAGAAGCUAGAGGCUGCACUGAAGCCACCACUGACCACGACCACGACCAUGACCACGACGGGCAGCACAGCCAGCCUGUGUGUCAGACGCAUCCCACCUGCAUCUGCUACCCCUCCCUUGAGGAAGGCACAUAGCCUUGAUCAGAAUUUGGGGCAGAGUCUCAGAGAGCCUGCCCACCACUGCCACCAUGUGGCCACUGCGGCUACCUGCCACAGACUGGAGGCUGGAGGGGGUGCCCGGCCAGGGUCAUCCCCUCCCAUGCCUCUGCCAAGCAGCUCUGACCCCAGGAGCCCCAGCAGGCUCCAGCUGGUGCUGGCGGAGAUGGUGUCUACAGAGCGGGAGUAUGUCCGUGCUCUUGACUACACCAUGGAGAACUACUUCCCAGAGCUGGAGCGCCCCGAUGUGCCCCAGGGCCUCCGUGGCCAGCGCGCCCACCUCUUUGGCAACCUGGAGAAGCUGCGGGACUUCCACUGUCAUUUCUUCCUGCGUGAGCUGGAGGCCUGUACCCAGCACCCAUCCCGAGUAGCCUAUGCCUUCCUGCGUCAUAGGGUGCAGUUUGGGAUGUACGCGCUCUACAGCAAGAAUAAACCUCGCUCCGAUGCCCUGAUGACCAGCUUUGGUCAUACCUUCUUCAAGGACAAGCAGCAAAUGCUGGGGGACCACCUGGACCUGGCCUCCUACCUGCUGAAGCCCAUUCAGCGCAUGAGCAAGUAUGCGCUGCUGCUACAGGAACUGGCACGGGCCUGCGGGGGCGCCGUGCAGGAGCUGAGUGCCCUACAGGCCGCCCAGAGCCUCGUGCGCUUCCAGCUGCGACAUGGCAAUGACCUGCUGGCCAUGGAUGCCAUUCAGGGCUGUGAUGUUAACCUCAAGGAACAGGGGCAGCUGGUGAGACAGGAUGAGUUCAUGGUGCGCACUGGGCGCCGUAAGUCCUUGCGCCGCAUUUUUCUCUUUGAGGAGCUGUUGCUCUUCAGCAAGCCUCGCCGAGGACCCACAGGCACAGACACAUUUGCCUAUAAGCGUUCCUUCAAGAUGGCAGACCUGGGCCUCACGGAGUGCUGUGGGGAGAGCAACCUACGGUUUGAGAUCUGGUUCCGCCGUCGCAAGGCCAGGGACACCUUUGUGCUGCAGGCUGCCAGCUUGGCCACCAAGCAGGCUUGGACAGCUGACAUUUCUCGUCUGCUCUGGAGGCAGGCCAUCCACAACAAGGAAGUACGCAUGGCUGAGAUGGUGUCCAUGGGUGUGGGGAGCAAGGCCUUCCGGGACAUCGCCCCCAGCAAGGAAGCUAUCAGCGACCGCACCGUCAACUACGUCCUGAAGUGCAGAGAAGUUCGCUCUCGGGCCUCUAUUGCUGUGGCCCCGUUUGACUGUGACAGCCCCUACCUGGGGGCCUUGAGUUCCCUUCCUGGAGACCCUGCCUCUUGCUCUGUACUGGGGUCCCUCAAUUUGCACCUGUACAGAGACCCGGCUCUUCUGGGACUCCAGUGGCCCCUGUAUUCUGCCAGCUUCCCAGAGGAAGCAGCACUGGAGGCCGAAGUGGAGCUCGCCAGUCAGCUGUCUUUGACUCCUGAGGACUCAGAGGUCUCAUCCCAGUGCCCAUCAGCCAGUGGAUCCAGUGGGUCUGAUAGCAGCUGUGUGUCAGGGCAGGUCCUGGGCAGGGGACUUGAGGACUUGUCCUGUGUCUGAGCCCGGGCUGGAAGUCAGGCAGUGGAUCCAGGAGCUUUUGCCCAAG